UUACACCACAAUUGUGUUGUUAUUACCGUGACAUUAGAUAGUCGGUAACCUUGAAGCUCUCAAAUUGUAUGGGUUAAAGAUGGACUCAACUGGAUAUGUAUUAUUUAUAUUUACAUUUACAAACAACAUUUUAACGCAUUAAUAGAAACGCCGUUUAAAUAGAAAACGAAUAGCAAUAGUAGGUGUUGAUGUUCCAAUGGGGCAUUUAAUGCAUAUUACGUUCAACCUCUAUUCUAUUUGCAUUUGUGUCGGUAUACUAUAUUUCCAUUUGAUCGACGUUUAAACCAAGCCUAAAGUUGUCGGAUAGAUCUGAUUCUACCAUGUCCAUCGACACACGAUAUACGGUCUUCAACGUUGGAGGAGUAAGGUUUCAGACAUCAAAGGAGACAAUCUUAAAAGGAAAAGAAAGGGUGGGACAACUAUGUAACGAAAAGUUCUUGGACAACUUUAGAGAUUGCGACAAUACGUAUUUCUUCGAUAGGGACCCCAAUAUGUUCCAGUCCAUAUUAAACUACAUACGGACGGGCGAACUACACCUGCCGUCCUACAUUUGCGGACCGGCCGCCAAACUUGAGCUGGACUUUUGGGGCGUGCAGGAGGUGAACAUCCAACCUUGCUGCUGGAUGAACUUUAACGAAGGGAAUUCUACACAGAACGCACUGAACCGGCUGGAGAAGGAUCGGAAACGCAUGCAUCUUCUGCACGAGCUGGACGAUGAAAACAAUACGACACAACCAGAUGUAAAACAGAAACUGAAAUGGAGUGAGAAAGUCGAAGAAAACCCGGUUAUGAGUGGAGUAUCAAUCAAUGUGAAUCAAUGCUCUGUUAAACUCAGAUGUUUUAAUUUGACUUCGGAAAACGUGCGAAGAAAAACAUGGCGCUUUUUAAAUCGGUCAAACUCCUCCAUGGGAGCAAAGGUAUUUGCAUACGUUGCACUGCUGUUUGUGGCGAUGUCCAUAUUUUCAUUCAUGGCGGAUACAAUGGAGCAUUUCCAGUACUUUGAGCAAUCUUUCGAUCAUAUAACAGGUACGAUUAACAAAUCAAACACGAGCGUCCAUGGCAACGAUUCGACAGCAACGACAUUGGUCAUUCAAAACACAACAUCACAACCAAGAAUUAUUCAAACCAAGCACCCGGUGUUGAACAUUAUUGACAUAAUCUGCCUUGCUUUCUUUAUAGUCGAGUAUCUGGCAAGAUUGUAUUUUUCACCGAAUAAACUCAAGUACGCAAAGUCCCUACUAUCGGUGAUUGACCUACUUGCAAUAAUUCCUGACCUGAUAGAGACACUCGUGCUCUUUUUACAACCAGACCUCCAUGAGGAGUUUAUAGCCGUGGGUUUCAUUCGCUACAUUCGCAUUCUCCGGAUAUGCAGGCUAAUCCACCACUCUACGGGACUCUGGAUCCUAAUCUACACCCUCAAGGCCAGUUUCAGCGAGCUGAUGCUUCUCGUCUGGUUCAUGAUCAUCGGUGUCUUCGUCUUCUCAAGUCUGAUUUACUUCGUUGAAGAUCGUGACAAAUUCACGAGCAUUCCAGAAGGUUUCUGGUGGGCAUUGAUUACCAUGACAACCGUAGGGUACGGCGACUUUUUUCCAGUGACUGUUCUUGGAAAGAUUGUGGGCUCGUUCUGUGCUAUGGCGGGUGUGUUGCUGGUCGGUUUCGCCGUGCCCAGUCUUGUGAACAAUUUCCGAUUGUACUAUCAAUACGUGAAUUUGGUAAUUCACAUGGAUAAGCUAAAACUGAUGCAUCAGAAGGCCAAAAAAAGAAGCCUUAUGGACGAAAAACAUUGGUGAAGAUGAACAACAUAAACAAUGAAUUGGCGAGCGUCGACAAAAGGAAGAAGAUGAAUGAGAUUAUUUAAUGAGUGAAGAUGAAAUUAGCUCUCGUUUGAACCAAAUCUCGUGAGACCUCGCAGAAGUGGACCCACUAUUUAAGCGAGCAACUAAAUCCACGCUGCGAUUAAUGACGUACAUUCAACUACCGGUAAUAUAGAAUUGUUUGCGCAUACGGAAACCAAUAAAAUAAACGCAAAAAUAUGCAAAAAAGUAAGACGGUGAAGAAACAGCUUUUUAUACGUACACGAGUUUGGAUUCAAUCCUUAGUGAAAACACAUGUCUAGUAUUGAAGUGGCCCUUGCAAGGGGAGAUCCUAUUUGGAGUUUCAUGGAAUUAACGUACAUGCAUAACGUGUGCCAUAUGAACAUCAUUCAGCGAGAAUAAUUUGCAUGACGAUCAAUUUUAAUCAAGUCUUAUAAAGCAACCGUUUUCAUUUAAGGUACGGUAAAUAUUUUUUUAUUAAUCCACUUUGCUUACAGUUUUCGUCACACAAUAGGUGUCGAUGUUUCGUUGCAGGGCUGCUGCAAUUGUUUGAAAAGCAAUGAACCGGAAGUUAAGGACAAUCAUUUCAUAAUUUAACUCACACAUAUUAAAAUAUGUUAUAUAUCAACAAUAUUAUGUUAUAAAAAUCUGAUUUUAUACAUUUGAUUUUUUAUUGAACUUAAGUGGUCCCUGAUAAAUUUGGUUCUUACUGAAUCUGAAACAAAUAGCUUGAUCACCGAUCUGCGACCGACACAUGUCCGGACUGAACUUAAAUCAAAUGCGGACGCCUAGUGACACUGCAUAUCCUGUGUUAUGUUUUAGCGUGUUUGUUUUAAAUCAAAAAUAUAUUUUUAUUCUAGUAAGCAAUGAAAACAGUAUAAAGUAUGUAAAUAAACUGUAAUUAUAAAUUUGUCGACAUGCUGUGGAACGAUAGAAAAAGUCAAAGGAUGGAAGAUCGAGCUGGUAAUCUUCUAUGAUGGGUUUCUGCAAGCCCAAUACUAUGGAACUGACGCUAUACCGCUUGACUCCAGUGGAAGGCACAUCCCUUAAUAUCAUCUCUUUGAAAUGACUCUCUGACGCUGAAAGGCAAACCGUUUAAAUAGCAUUAACUAUUCCCCCACCACCCUCUCCCGUCUAAAAAUGAAAAGAAAUGGACCACUAUUCAAAAUCAAAUAUCAGCUGUGACACGCCUUCAAGAUUUUCAGUAACAUAAGUCAAAUACUUACUAUUUUUCUAGUUAUAUUUUGUUCAAAUAAUGUAUUCGUGCAUUGGUGUAAUCCAAUUAAAAUUAACAAUCCUUCGCAAAUUGCAAAUGUUCAAACGACAACGUGGCACUCUUUUGAUUUAACAUAUAUCAAAUGGUUUAAAUUAUUUUGAUAUCAAUAUCAUAUGUUCAGCAUCUUGCCGAUCUGAAUGGAUCAUUGACUUACCUGUAACACUGAAUAUUGACGGAAUACGCUUUCGAUUGUUUCUAUAACCUCCUAUUAACGCUUUGGAAAUAUCGUUUAGAAACACUACAGGACAUAUUAUUAUGGAAAUACCAUCUGCUCUGUCAAUCGGCAUUUACCAAUACAUCAAACUUAGACAAAUGCUUAAAGCAAACUAUCACACUGAAUUAUUCUUAGUACACAAUUGAGUUAAGGAACGUUCUUAACCAAAAUUUAAUCUCUUACGCAAUCAGACUUUAUUAAAAAACACAACUGAAAUUGCAUUAGAUAUCACUUUACUUUGUUUGAUUGAUAACGUUUGCAUAUAUUAUAACUUUGAUGUCAAAUUUUG